AUGCCUAUAAUUAAGAGAACCAUGAGCAGUGAAUGUUUGCUACCUUACUAUACUGCCCACAGCUACCGGUCCAUGGGCGUGUUCAAUACCUCCAUGGGAAACCUACAACGACAGCUGUAUAAGGGAGGAGAGUAUGAUAUUUUCAAGUACGCACCGAUGUUCGAGAGCGACUUUAUCCAGAUUAGCAAAAAAGGAGAGGUGAUUGAUGUUCACAACCGCGUCCGAAUGGUGACUGUGUGCAUUGCAUCCACCAGCCCUGUCCUCCCACUACCUGAUGUCAUGCUGCUGGCCCGACCAGCUAAAGUCUGUGAGGAACAUGCCAGACGGGCCCGGUUCAUCAAGGGGAGAGGUCGCAAGCCUUCGAAGACUUUGGAGCUUACCAGGCUGCUUCCUUUGAAGUUUGUCAAGAUCUCCGUUCACGACCGUGAGAAACAGCAGCUGCGCCUGAAGCUUGCUACAGGCCGGACAUUUUACCUGCAGCUGUGUCCCUCUUCUGACGCACGGGAAGACCUCUUCUGCUACUGGGAGAAGCUUGUCUAUCUCCUGAGGCCACCGACAGACAGUUGCAGCAGUGGCCCAGUGCUUCACACUGGUGACACACCCUCUACCCCGGAGGACACCAAAAGCAUACUGGGCUCAGACAUCCAUGGAGAAGGAGAUCAGGAUUUUAGGCACCAAAAGCUCCGGGAUGUGUCAGGAGCCACUUCUGCUGCGUUUGCGGGAGGAGAGGGAACACAAUCGCCUAUUACAGCUUCAGCAGCCGUUGACACUCGAGGAGCUGCCAAAGCAGGGUCAGCAAGGACAGCAGAUGGCACUGUGACUGCGGCUGUAACAACAGGCUCCUCAGCAGGUGUGGCAAGAGUGGGGACAGCUACAAGCCCCACCUCAGGUUCUGUAAGCAUGGCAACAACCAAGUCUCCAGGUUCAGGCCAGGUAGCCACAGGCCUGGCAGGAACAGCCACCAACGAUACGGGAGGAAGUGGAUCCAGCAAAGUCCUGGCAGCUGCUGCAAACAUCUCCUCAGAAGGCGUAGACAUGGUGUUGACAGGAGCUAUCAGCUCUUCCUCAGAGUCGACUUCUGCGGGGGGUGCUGCCAGUGGCUCCCCAGAGAGCAGCCUGAGUGUGGUAUUUGCAGGCGCCUUGACCACCAAGGGGGCUGCUGCCGAUAAGCCUGAAGCUCCCCUCGUGUCAACCUUGCAGAGUGAAGGCUACAUGUGUGAAAGGGAUGGAAGCCAGAAGGUUUCCCACUCUAGCUCUGAGGUACACAAGGAAAAAAGAGAAAGGCGAGACAAGAAGGACAGAAAGGCAAGCAAGAAGGGUUCCCAUCAUCGCAGGACGGGGUCAAGUCACCGCAGUUCAGGCAAGGAAAAGACCCGGAAAACAUCUUCCUACCGGUCUGCAUCUGGCCAUGGGAAAACGAGAGAGGACAAAAAAGGAAAAAGGCACAGCAGCAAAAGGAGCAAAAGACACGGCUCCUCUCACAAAAGUGAGUCCAGGACUGCGCACAAACCCAGGAAGAGCCGAUCAGCUGGCUCGGGGUCUGUGGGUAAGAAAUCCAGUAAAAUUGGCUCUUUUUUGAGGAGCUUCAUAAUAAAGCCUACUCCAAAAUCAAGAGCCGUCUCACAUGAAAGAGGAGGGGUAGACAUUGUGACGAAGACCGUGGAGAAGCACAACAUAGAGGCGACGAUGGAGAAAGUCAAGGACUUGGAGUACAGUGGUACUAUGACCUCUGAGACAAUGGAGAGGAUCAUCUUUGAAACCAAAUCCAUUUAGAUAAGAUUCAGAGCGGAAAGCAGCAGCA